CGACAGCCAGAUGUCCCACAAAGAGAGGAAAUGGUGCAAAUGUGAACUAUGCAUCUACAAGAUAGACCCUCUGAUGCUGCUGCCGGCGGAAUCUACUGCGCGAGGGACACGUCUUCCAGAUACAGUUCAGAAUGAAUAACGUCAACUGUUGUCCCAACAACACCAACAGCAGUGAUUGUGCAGACGUGCUUCAGGGUUUGGGUUACAGCGUUGUGUUUCUCCUGGGUUUUCUCGUCAAUGCAGCUGCUCUGUGGGCCUUCAUUGGCAAACGGAAGUCUUGGACAGACACACACAUCUACAUGUUGAACCUGGCCAUAGCCGACUCCCUCUUGGUGAUCUUCCUUCCCUUCAGGAUCUAUGACUCCUUCUUCUGCCUGCCAAAGACCGGACUGUGUACUUUCCUCAUUCUUCUACACUUCACCAACAUGUAUGCCAGCAUUGGGACCACGACGGCAAUCAGUGUGCAGCGCUACCUGGCUGUCAGGUUCCCAAUGCAGGCCAGACUAUGGAAGAGGAAGAAAGAGGCGGCUUUUGUUGUGUGUUUAGUCCUCUGGGUUGUUUUAUUGAUCAUGUGUGUUGUUUUCCGAGAGGAAAACUAUCCCGAGAGGCUGUGGACAUGCUUUGACAGGUGUAAAGAUCAACCACUGAGUCUCAAGUUUGUUUUGCUUCUUGUAGUUUUUGGUUUCUUCAUUCCGUUGUUGGUUGUUGUGUUUUGUUCCAGUCGGAUCAUCUGUGUUCUGGCAAAAGCAGAUGACAAAACGGACGAAAAGAGAAACAUUGUAAACAUUGUAACAGCAAACAUGAUUGUUUUCAUCAUCUGCUACACACCUAUCCAUGUUGCUUUUCUUGUUAAUUUUUUUAAUCAUAAACUUGAAAAGUGGGAAUGUAAAUAUAUACCUGCACAUGUAUUUUUACUUGUCUCUGAAUGGAUCGCCUCCACAAACUGCUGCUUUGAUUCCAUCAGCUAUUACUUUCUGUUGAAAGGGUUUUUUUCAGAAAGGACAUGAUGUUGUCUGUCAAAACUGAAUUUGUGAUCAUUUUUUUUUAGGACGAGUUUUAAUUUCUAAAGUGUUGCUCCACAGAUUUCAUGUGCUUUUUUCUUCUUCUUCUUGCUCGCUCUGGAUGUGGUUCUGCGAAAGCGUUUGGUCUCUUGAGAUCUAAAGAAGGAACAAUUGCAAAUAAGGAAUAUGAUUUUGGAAACAUUGGACAGUUUGAAAUUGUUAAGAACUCAUCUUCAUUUAGAACACAUCAGCCAUGCUGCAAUUAUGAGCUUUGUACUUGUAAGUUGUUUCUUUAAAAAACUUGGUACAUCCAACCUGCAGUAAAACAGUGAAUUCUCUGAGUCUUCUCAUCUUUUUUUUUUUUUAAAUGAUACACAAGGCCAAUAUU